AUGAUGCUAUCGCGGUCUACUUGCCGAAAUGCGCCCCGUGCGCUCCAGGGUGCUGCCGCCAGCAGCCGUCGGGGUAUGGCCUCGGCCGUGACUCCUGGUCUUCAGUACGACGUGUCUGAGUCUGCCGGUGUGAAGGUCGCCAACAGAGAGGUCGCCGGUCCUACGGGCACUCUCGCUCUGGUUGCAAAGGCUGGCCCCCGUUACCAGCCUUUCCCUGGCUUCGCCGAUGCCCUCGAAUACUUCGCCUUCAAGACUACCCUCAAACGGUCGGCGUUGCGGAUUACUCGGGAGGUUGAACUGCUGGGCGGUGAAGUUUCCUCGUCACACUCGCGUGAAAACAUCGUCCUGAAGGCCAAGUUCCUCGCCAAUGACCUCCCCUACUUCGCGGAGCUGUUGGCUGAGGUCGCUUCUCAGACCAAGUUUGCUGCCCACGAACUGGACGAGGUGGUUCUCAAGCUUCUGAAGUACAGACAACAGGCUCUUACGGCCAACCCCGAGGAGCUCGCUGUUGACGCUGCCCACGCUCUGGCUUUCCACCGUGGCCUGGGUGAGACCAUCACUCCUUCUCUCACCGUCCCCUUCGAGAAAUACCUCUCUGCCGAGGCCCUCCAGGAAUACGCCCAGCAGGCCUAUGCCAAGUCCAACAUCGCCCUUGUUGGCAGCGGCCCCAACUCCGCCGACCUAUCCAAGUGGGUUGGUGACUUCUUCAAGGAGCUCCCCAGCACUGGCAGCGUGAAGCCCUCUACCGCCUCCAAGUACUACGGAGGUGAGCAGCGUAUCUCUUCCAAGGCUGGCAACGCCGUUGUGAUCGCUUUCCCCGGCUCCAGCGCUUUCGGAACCUCUGGUUACAAGCCCGAGGCUUCCGUCCUCGCUGCCCUUCUCGGCGGUGAGUCCACGAUCAAAUGGACUCCUGGCUUCUCCCUCCUGUCCCAGGCCACCCAGGGUUUCUCUCAGGUCCGGGCCUCCACCAAGAAUCACACCUACUCCGACGCCGGUCUGUUCACUGUUACGCUUUCCGGCAAGGCCGACAAGAUCGCUUCCGCCAGCAAGUCCACCGUCGACUUCCUCAAGAAGGCCGCCGCCGGCGAGAUCGCCAGCGAGGACAUCAAGAAGGCCGCCGCUCUGGCCAAGUUCCGUGCUCUCGAGUCUGCUCAGACCCUUGAAACUGGCCUCGAGGCCAGCGGCUCCGCCCUCGUCCACGGCGGCAAGCCCUACCAGAUCAGCGAGAUCGCUCAGGGCAUCGACAGCGUCACCGAGGCUCAGGUUAAGGAUGCCGCCAAGACCUUCCUUUCCGGCAAGGCCUCCUUCGCCGCCGUCGGAGACCUCUUCCAGCUCCCUUACGCCGAGGACUUGGGUCUGACCGUUUAA